AUGGUUCUCGGGGCGAGCACCUCGGUGGUGACGGGGCCGGCGUACGGAGGUGGAGUGGAGCGCAGAACGGAAGCGGCGCGGCAAUGGGUCGGCGAGGGGCUUAGAUUCAUGAAGAGGCUGGAAAGUGUUGAGAUGGAGGUUGUGGCGAGGGAGAUGAGCGAUGAGGAUAAACUUAUAUGGUGUGAGACGUUGCAGCGAGAGUUGAGAGAGGGAGGUAUGAAAAAGAUUGUGGUCGUGUGUACUGAAAAGAUGCAGGAGAAGAUGGAGUGGAUCAAGACUGAUAUUGGAUGGAGGAAUCGUGAAGCAGAAGCUGGUACUGCGGCGAACGCUACGACAGAAGAGUCUACGGUGGAAUUUCCUACAGUGGAGGUACCUACUAAGCAGAGGCAAUAG